AUGGCACCUCAAUGGAGAAUCGUCAUGGGCUGCGAUGAGGCCGGGCUCUCGUACAAGAACAAGAUCAAGGCCGACUUCGAAGCCGACCCGCGAGUCAUCUCAGUGGUCGACGUCGGCUCAGGAGCACCCGACGACAAGACGCCCUACCCAACCCGCGCUGCCGCCGCUGCCCGCAUCGUGGCCAAGGGCGAGGCUGACAGGGCGCUCCUCGUCUGCGGCACGGGUCUGGGCGUCGCCAUCGCGGCCAACAAGGUCAAGGGGAUCCGGGCAGUGACGGCCCACGACAGCUUCAGCGUGGAGCGCAGCGUCAAGAGCAACAACGCGCAGGUGCUGUGCUUCGGCGAGCGCGUCGUGGGUAUCGAGCUGGCGCGGAAGCUGGCCAAAGAAUGGCUGGACCACGAGUUUGACCCGGCCAGCGCGAGCGCCAAGAAGGUGGAGGAGAUUUGCCAGCUGGAGGAGGAGGCUUGA